GGCAAAUGUUUGUACUGUACAUAUUACUGUUUUCUUUUUGUAUUGUUACAGUCCAGAUCCGCUACACGGAAGCAAGUUCCGCUUAACACACUAAACUACCACCAACAAACCAAUAGAAAGCAAUAGACCCGGACCAAACCAUCAACACAACCUCCACCUUGGACGUGGACAACUACACUGCAAUCUUCACACACCGACAACCGAGCAUGCCCGGGAUAAGGCAAAAUAACAGGGAGGAAAUGCCUUGUUAAUUUAUUUGUACUUGUAAUCGUCAACACACGCGGUGUUGUCAAUACGGCGUCAAGCCGUCCAACUAGAAAUAUAAAAUAUAAAAUAUUUUAAAGUAACAUCAUAUCGAAGUGUUAUUAAAGUACCAAUCACCUUAAUACCUAUUAAUUGAAGCAUGUGUGUUGAAGUUUUGUGAUUUAAUGUAAUUUUUUUUAAUUUUUUUUAUUUACAUGGAGAACUAAAGCUUUAUGGCCUUACCUACGUUGGGUCGUAGAGUGUGGGGACUCCGAUUCGAAUACGUUUACCCCACUAAAAAAACUCCAUGUGCCACUUUUUCCACAUCUGAGCCUGAUCGAUAUAAACGUUAACAUCAGAUGUGAAAGAUGACAAAAAUACUCAAUGCAAACCCAACAGAGCUACAUGAGUCGGUCCAGUCGUACAAACCACCUUCUAGGGCCUGUCUCCUGGACCUCCCGGUAUGGACCCAAAUUCAUACCGUUGAUCGUUGUACCAUGGCCUCUGAGUAUUACAAUUCAUGGCCACGCUACGAUCGGGGUUAUAGCAUUUCAACCACAACGUGUUUUGCUACGCCACUAACGCAUCAAGUUUUUCUUACUGUGCGAUAAAAUCUUUUGAGACUUAUUGUGUUGCUAAUGUAAAAACAUUAAAAAAAUCAAAUAUUAUGAAUUUUUGAUGAUUUUUAAUUUAAGAACUUUAAAUAUAUUCCACAGCUAAAAGUCUACGUCGGAUAUGGACAAUUCGCGACCGUACGCUUCCAAUUGCAUGUAGUGCCAACAACGAUUGGUUCGAUUAAAAUAGUUAAGUGUUACUAUUAUAAGCCAGCUCUCGUAUACAUGUUGGGUUUGGCUUAAGCCGUACUACCCAUCUCAGAGCGGCAGAGCCUUACCAUUAGUUUUGAUCAGCAAAGCUAUGAAAAGAUUGUUGGUGAGACAAAUUUGCGAUUCAACUGCAAAUGUAGUAUAAAUCUAUGUGUUUUCACUGGCUGUGUGUUCACUGUAUAAGCCAUGUGUUUUUCACUGUUGUCCAGGUGACAGCGGUCAUCUGGAUCUCAAAAUUGUUAAUUGGGCACCAAGCGAUAGGAGAGCGAUAGGAGUGCGAGAGGAGAGAGAGAGCGUGAGAACGGUGUCGUGAUCGUCGCAGGGUCAGAUUAGUCGAGAUAGCGCAGGCCUAGUGAUCGGACCCGUUUUUGAGUUUGAAUAAAGUGACAAACUACAAAACCGCCGAACUAUUAUUUUUGAACGGAACAAUUCUCAAAAACGGCCAAGUAUAGUGCGCUAAAGACGCGGAAAACAGGACAUAGAGACUAUACAAUCCGUGUGCGUUGUGUGCUUAGGACAGAGCGUGGCGUUUUUACCAGCACGUCGGUAAAAUAUAGUGCGUCGUCGUGUGCGUUGUGUAGAUAGUGCAUAGCGUUAACCAGUGCGUCGGACAACUGUACAGAGUGUCGUCGUGUGCGUCGCGUAGUUCAGAGAAGUGCACAGCGUUUUACGAGCACGAAGGGAAUGUAUAGUGUGUCCGUGUGUGCGUUUGUGUAGCUUAAGGAAGUGCACAUCGUUUAACGAGAACGCUAAGGAGCAGUACAUCGGGUCGUCGUGUGCGUUGCACGGUUUGAAAAAGUGCACAACGCUUACCAGGUCGUCGUGAAAAGUACAGAGUGUUCCGCGUUGCGUUCGUGUAUUCUAGGAAGAAACACGUGCAAGCGUGUACAUUCGUGUAUCGUGGUUGUGUGCGCUCGCAGCGUGAAGGUGUACAGCGUUUACCGGUACGCCGGACAAAGCGUAUUGUGCCGAGUGUGAGUUCGUGCCUUUCUAGGAAGAAUCGUGUUUGAACAGGAAUCGGAGUGGCGUGCGCUGCGCAGCUUGAAAGUGUACAACGUUUACCGAUGAAAGCAUUGUGUGUCGUUUUGUGUGGACAUUGUUAGUUCGUGCGCAUCGUCAGGUAUUUCGGCAGAAAACGUUUGUGUCCGUUUAGUUUAAACAAUGCCGAGAGUACGGAGAUCUACAGCGAAGGUGCAGGAAGCUGAUGCUCAGAAGAUGGAUGAAGUUGCUGUUAACGUUUCGCAAGAACUCGUUGAUGAGAACAAUGAUGGUAACGUUACGAUUUUAGAGCAACUGAUCGUAGCUGAGAAAUCCAAGCACGCUACCGAAAUGGCAUUGCGAAAGGAGCUGAUUGAACUGAAAAAACAACAUCAAAUGGAACUACGGGAAUUGCAGGAAUCUUUGGAUUCCAUCACGGAAGAGAAACCGAAGGUUUCACGUCGCAUAACAAAAGAUCAAGCAGCGGCCAGGAAAACUAUUUCUUUGGCACUUCCCAAGUUCUGUGGAGAACCAGAUGUGUGGCCGUUUUUCAUCAGCAGCUUCAAAACAACAACGGAAGAGUGUGGGUUGAACAAUAUCGAGAAUAUGAAGCGUUUGAUGGAUAGUCUGGGUGGAGAAGCAUUGGAGGCUGUGAAAGGCAGACUCAUCUUCCCUGAUGCGGUGCCGGGAGUGAUCAAGGAGCUGGAAAGUCGGUUUGGAAGACCAAGAAAGUUGCUAGAAAACCUGCUACGUAAAGUCCGCGAAACGCCUUCGCCUACAGACAAUCAUUUGGAGAGUUUUAUCACGUUUGGGUUUAAAGUGAAGCAGUUAUGUGACCAUCUGGUAGCAAGCAACAUGACAGACCACCAAAAUAAUCCAUUCCUGGUAGAAGAGCUUAUUGACAAGCUUCCUCCGAGAUGCAAGGUGGAGUGGGUUCGUUUCAAACGUGACAAAGAGGGAAGUGUUAUGGCAAUUUUCGGAGAAUACAUUCAGACAGUGAUCGACGAAGUUUCUGAAGUGACUGAUUGUACACCGGUGAGCAGUCAGAAAGCAGGGAAGUACGAAGCUCUGAAACAACGCUCCAGACCAGUGAAAUCGAAUGCAGUCCAAAUGCGCAACAACGUGCAUGAUUUGGAAAAUAGUGGAGUCAACCAGCUCAAGAUGACCUGUUGGGUGUGCAGCAACACAGGGCAUAGCCUCAAGGAGUGUGACCAGUUUAAGGAGAUGACGCUAGUCGAUCGUUUCAAAACAUUGGAGAAGCUCAAAAUAUGUAAGUUGUGUUUGUCCCGUUCCUGCCGCGGUAAAUGUAAAAUUGCUUACAAAUGUCGGGUAGAAGGGUGUAACAGUAGACAUCAUACAUUAAUGCACUGUGCAGAGGAAGUUCUCCAAGUUCACUCAGAAACAGCUACCCCUGGAACUGUCAUCUAUCGCACGAUGCCGAUUACACUAUAUGCGGAACGAAACAGUGUCGAUGUCAUCGCCUUUAUCGACGAAGGGUCGUCGGGAACUUUGCUGGAAGCCGGAGUUGCCAAACGACUGAAUGUUACUGGACCAACGGAACCGCUGGUUAUCUCGUGGACGAACAGCAUCAAGCGUGAAGAACAUGAUUCAAAGAGAUUUUCGUUGAAAACUUCAGCCCAGGGUUCGUCAGAAAGGUGGAAUCUACUGAACGUUAGAACUGUAUCAGAGCUGUUACUACCUAAGCCAAAAAAGUCAGUAGCUGAAGUAAUCAAGAAAUAUAAACAUCUUUCAGACGUUCCAGUGCUAGACCACCCUAAUGAAGCGCCAUCUAUGAUUAUUGGUCUGGAUAACAUAGAUUUGUUUGCAGCUUUGGAAACUCGAAUCGGCAACCGCGGAGAACCGAUAGCUGUAAGGUCCAAGCUAGGAUGGACGGUGUACGGUGUCGAUGGAUAUCGUAAGGUGUAUAACGUUCCCGUAAAUAUGCACCAGAUCCAGUCUUUGGACAACAGACAGCUGCACGACAUGAUGAAACAACAAUACCAGCUGGAAGAGCUUCGCAGCGAUAACUACAACCCGCCAAUAGCGAACGAAGAACAACGAGCUAGAGAUAUCCUAGAGAAAACCACGUGUCGAGUAGGAGAUCGGUUUCAAACGGGACUGUUGUGGCGUGAUGAUGUUCGAGAACUUCCCGAAAGCUACCCCAUGGCGGAGAAGAGAAUGCUACAACUGUCCAGAAAGCUCAGUAAGAAACCGGAUCUGAACACUGCGGUAUGUCGGAUGAUACAAGAGUAUCAAGACAAAGGAUAUGCUCACGAGCUAGCGGAGUCGGAGUUAGUCGAAGGCGCCUAUGAACCGGUAUGGUAUUUACCAUUGAACGUGGUACAACAUGCAAAGAAGCCAGACAAGAUAAGACUUGUUUGGGAUGCUGCAGCAUCAGUAGAUGGAGUAUCUUUAAACUCUCUACUGCUUAAAGGACCGGACAUGUUGGUCCCGCUUCCGAAGAUCAUCUGUAAAUUCCGUGAGAAACCCAUCGCGUUUGGAGGGGACAUCAAGGAGAUGUUCCAUCAGCUACGGAUUUGUGAGAAAGACAAACAUGCUCAGCGAUUUCUAUUUGGAACAAAGCCCUGCGGAGCACCUCGUGUGUACGUGAUGGACGUUGCGACCUUUGGUGCUACCUGCUCGCCCUGCUCAGCACAGUACGUGAAGAACCUGAAUGCUCGGGAGUUCGCCGAACAGUUUCCCGGAGCAGCGUCAGCAAUCAUCGGGAAUCAUUACGUGGAUGAUUAUUACGACAGUGCAGACAGCGUUGGCGAAGCGGUUGAGUUGGCGAAGGAUGUGAGAUACCACGAUGUUAUUUCGGAGACUCAAGAUCCCAAGACGUAUCAGACAUCCAGCUUCAUGUCUUCACAGAUGCCAGCGAGACGGCCUUUGGAUGCGUGGCUUACCUAAGAGCAAUCGUGCAUGGCAAAGUAUGGUACGUUGGUGAUGAGUCGGUCGAAGGUUGCACCCCUUAAACCAUUGUCAGUACCGCGUUUGGAGCUUCAAGCGGCGGUGCUGGGUGUUCGACUGGCGAAAACCGUUAUCGAGUCCCAUCAUCUGGUUAUCUCAAGACAGUUCUUCUGGACAGAUUCCAAAGUGGUGUUGUCCUGGAUAAGAUCGGAUGUGCGACGUUACAAACAGUUCGUGGGACUGAGAGUAGGAGAGAUUCUCAGUAAUAGCAGCGUAGAGGAUUGGAGUUGGGUGCCGUCGAGUGAAAAUGUAGCAGAUGUAAUCACUAAAUGGGGAAAGACCAACAGCCCCGUUGAUGAGAGUGUAUGGAUACAUGGACCUGCAUUUUUGAGCAAGAACGAAGACGAAUGGCCGCCUCAACAGAAGCCGGAGCUUAACACCGCGGAGGAGAUACGAGUACACUUGCUGAUACAUGACGUGAUGGUACCUGGAGCACUUAUAGACGCCAGUCGUAUUUCCAAGUGGACGGUGUUGGUGCGUACCGUGGCGUGUGUACUGCGAUUUAUUUCGAACUGCCGCAGGAAAGCAAAAGGAGAACCCCUCGAGACGUUGCGAGCGACGGAGAAUCAUCUACGACUACUAUUGAACGCAAAGGUACAAAGCCGGCGAACCCCUCUUCAGCAAAACGAGUACGACAAGUCUGAGAAGCUAUUGAUGAGAGUAGCACAAUCUGAAUGCUUUGUAGACGAGAUCAAGGUUCUGACUAAGAAUAUGGGUCGCCCCUCAGAACAAUGGAUGAGCCUCGACAAGGGUAGCCCGCUCUAUAAGCUAUCUCCAUUGCUAGAUGAGGACGGACUUAUACGGAUGGAAGGACGAACUGAGCAAGCCAAGUUUCUUCCGUUUAGUCUACGAUUUCCGGUGAUCUUACCAGACAAGCAUCCGAUUACAGAGUCCAUCGUGCGUCAUUACCACGAGAGAAGUGGUCACGGCUACCGCGAAGCAGUAAAGAACGAGCUCCGUCGAGCGUACUUCAUAAUACACCUAGACGCUACAGUUCGGAGAGUAUCAUCGGCGUGUGUGUGGUGCAAGGUGCACCGGAACCGUCCGAAGGUGCCGAGGAUGGCACCCUUACCUGUUCAACGUCUAACGCCUUUUUUAAGACCUUUCAGCUUCACUGGAGUUGAUUAUCUCGGACCGUUUACCGUGACCGUUGGAAGACGUUCGGAGAAGCGCUGAAUAGUGCUGUUUACCUGCCUGGUGGUCCGAGCCGUCCAUCUCGAAGUUGCCAGUGAGCUGACUACGCAGUCCUGCAUGAUGGCCAUCCGACGUUUCGUCUGUCGUAGAGGCUGGCCAAUGGAAUUCCUGUCGGACAACGGCACCAAUUUCCAAGGUGCCAGCAAGCUGAUAGUCACCGCGAUCGAUGAGGAUUGUGCUGAUCAGAUGACGAAUGCUAGGACCAAAUGGACGUUCAAUCCUGCAGCAGCACCCCAUAUGGGAGGGGUGUGGGAGCGUCUCGUGCGGUCGGUGAAAGACGUUUUGAAGGCCCUUGACGAUGGGCGACGCCUUACUGACGAGAUUCUGCAAACCAGCGUUCUGGAGGCCGAAGACAUCAUCAAUUCCAGACCGUUAGUAACAGUGUCGCAACAUGGAAGUGACGAAGAGACACUAACACCUAACCAUUUUCUGCGUGGAGUGCAUGGUAGAGACGAACGCGUCGUCCCCCCUACUAACCCUAAGAUAGCGAUGCGUGAUACAUAUGAGAGGUCCCAGCAACUUGCAGAUCUAAUGUGGGAAAAAUGGGUAAAAGAGUAUGCUCCCACUCUGAAUCAAAGGAAGAAGUGGUUUGGGGAUAAUCGAUCGCUAGGAGUAGGUGACUUAGUCUAUGUGGUAGAUGGCAAAUGUAGAAAGCAAUGGGUGCGGGGAAUUGUUGAAGAGGUCAUAAAGGCAGGAGACGGACGGGUACGCCAGGUUUGGGUACGCACACAGAACGGAAGGUUCAAGCGAGCAGUACACAAUCUUGCUGUAUUGGAAGUAGAGUAAAGGGUAACGCCAGUAAGGAUACACUGGGUUACGGGCGGGGGGAUGUCCAGGUGACAGCGGUCAUCUGGAUCUCAAAAUUGUUAAUUGGGCACCAAGCGAUAGGAGAGCGAUAGGAGUGCGAGAGGAGAGAGAGAGCGUGAGAACGGUGUCGUGAUCGUCGCAGGGUCAGAUUAGUCGAGAUAGCGCAGGCCUAGUGAUCGGACCCGUUUUUGAGUUUGAAUAAAGUGACAAACUACAAAACCGCCGAA